ACUGAACUUGUAUAUGAUGAUACUACCAUUGAUCAAAUGGUGUGGUAUAUUCUAAAUAACUGUAGUCAGUUUGAGAAAUAUAUGAGAAUGUUUAUAGAAGAAUUAGAGGGAGCAGGGACACCUGACAUUGAAAGAACAUUGCGGCAAGGAUUUCAGACUUGGUUCAGGAACCAUAUCCUAAGGUUGUGGAAUAUGAAUCAAGAAGAGGUUGAUGAUGAUCUAUUUUCAUUGGCUUGUGGUCCUGAUUUAAGAGUUAGAAAAUACUCCUCAUGCAUAGUGAAUGGUGUGCGGUUUAACACCCUUGACCGUGACAAGCAUCGAAAGACACAAAAUAGUGGAGUCAUGACAAGAGGUACACAUAACGGCAAAGAAAUUAAUUUUUUUGGAACCUUAAGGGAGAUUAUUCAGUUAGAAUAUAACUUUUAUGAGAGAUCAGUAGUUUUGUUUAAAUGUGAUUGGUUUAAAUUGGAUGGGAAGAGGACUGCACUUAAGGAUGAUGGUUUUUUUAAAAGCAUCAAUCUUGGAAGUCUAUGGUACAAGAAUGAUUCGUUUAUUUUGGCCACUCAAGCAAGGAAGGUCUUCUAUUUACCGGACACAAAGUUCGGUAAAAACUGCUGCUGAAAUUGCAAAGUUAAUAAAAGCAAAAGGCCUAGAAGCGCAUGAGAGUGAUAGUGAACAAGAAGAAGAUGAUGACACAAUUUUGGAGUAUUGCAGUGAAGCUGAAGAAGGAGUCGCAAAUGAGGUUGACAGUGAUGAUGAAUAGCCAAUUCUAGUUGGACAAUUUUCAGACCAUCUUUGUGUCCAGUUUGAUACAUUUAGUUGUCAAAUGACAUUUGUAAUGUUUAGUUGUGAAAUGACAUUUGUAAUGUUUAGUUCUGACAUUUAUCAAAAUGGACCAUGCUCAAUUCAGAU